AUGCUGCACAUUCUAACUGCACCUCGAUAUAUUUUUAUAGAUUAUCCUACGCAUGCUAUUCUCAGUAUGCCUGCCUUGUCACCCACAAUGACUCAAGGAAAUUUGGGCAAGUGGCAUAAAAAAAUUGGCGAUCAGAUCAGUCCAGGAGAUGUUUUGGUAGAGAUUGAAACAGACAAGGCUCAGAUGGACUUUGAAUGCCAAGAGGAAGGCUUUCUUGCCAAAAUACUUAUCCCUGCAGGAGAAAAGGAUGUUGCCGUGAAUACUCCAAUUGCCGUUAUCGCUGAUAAUGCUCAAGAUGUUGACAAAUUUUCCGAUUUCGUGUCAUCUGGACCUGCUCCCACUGCUACUACUAAAGCCACUCCUACUCCCGCACCCACCACUGUUCUUCCUCCUCCGGUUGCUGCUGCUCCAGCUCCAACUCCAACUUCAUCAUCUUCUGAUCGAACUUUUAUCAGCCCUAUUGCAAAAGCAUUGGCUGCUGAGCGUGGCAUUUCGCUUGCUUCAAUUAAAGGAUCUGGUCCUGGUGGUCGUAUUGUGAAGGCAGAUAUUGAAAGCUACAGUGCACCUGUUGUGACUGGCGCUACACAUGCCCAAACUACUGUGACACCUGUAACACCUGUAGCUUCUUCUGCAGGAUCUGCAUUUACUGAUAUACCUUUAUCCAACGUUCGCAAGGUCAUUGCUAGCCGUCUUACCCAAUCCAAGUCGACUAUUCCUCACUUUUACCUUACGGUGCAAAUCAAUGUGGACAAGAUUCUCAAGCUACGCGAGGCACUUAAUAAGGAAGGAAACGGAAAAUAUAAGCUUUCCGUCAACGACUUUACUAUCAAGGCCUCUGCACUUGCGCUCAAGGACGUUCCUGAAGUCAACAGUGCUUGGCAUGAUACGUUUAUCAGACAGAGCCAUUCUGCUGAUAUUGCUGUAGCCGUUGCUACCGAAACUGGUCUUAUUACCCCUAUUAUUCAUAGUGCCGAGGGUAAAGGCCUUGCUGCAAUCUCCAACCAAACCAAAGAGCUUGCCGAAAAGGCACGUGCUGGAAAGCUUGUUCCCCAUGAAUAUCAGGGUGGAACUUUUACCAUAUCCAAUUUGGGCAUGUUUGGCGUUCAGCACUUUACAGCCAUUAUCAACCCUCCACAUGCCGCAAUUUUGGCUGUGGGUGGGAUAGAGGACAAGUUGGUUCUUGACGAUCUUGCACCCAAAGGAUUCCGUGUUCAAAAAACCAUGAAUGUGACUCUCAGCAACGAUCAUCGUGUUGUUGAUGGAGCUGUAGGUGCAAAAUGGUUGCAGCGCUUCAAGCAGUAUCUGGAAAAUCCAUUGACAAUGCUUCUUUAA